AUGACGCAGGCCCUUUCUUUGGAGAAGACACCGCUCUCGCCAUCCCGCUUGUCACGGCAGUCCACCAACACGAAGAAGGUGAAUGAGAAAGCCGCGGCCAUCCGCAAGAGCUUUCAGCGGCCGAAGUUCUAUAUGACAGGCUUUGGCUGGUGCCUGGCCGCAUGUGCCGGCGCGGCCAAUGUGAUCGCCUUCAAGAACUGGGGCCUCUAUGCAUCCCAUGUGACGGGGAGCACGUCCAACAUAGCUUUCAGCCUGGAAGGCUAUCACCAGGGCGAGUUUACAAACCAGACCUUGAGGGAAGCCUGCUCUUUGGUCUUCUCGUUUCUGGUUGGAGCAUAUGCAUGUGGCCUCCUCAUUGACAAGAACCAAGUGCACUUCAAUGGCAAGGCGUUCUAUGGCCUGGCUCUCAUUUUGGAGUCCGCUUUGCUGAUCGCGGCAGCCUUUAUUCCAGGUCGCUUGGUUCCAGCAUGCUUCGUGGCCACUGCGUGCGGACUGCAGAACGCCAUGUGCACGUCGCACUUCGGCGCCAUUGUCCGCACUACGCACGUCACCGGAACCAUGACGGACAUUGGCUCCACUAUGGGUCGCAUCAGUAUGAUCUACCUCCGGAAGGCUUGUCGCUGCACUCCACUGAACGCCAUUGAGCGUGCUGAAAUUGGCGUGGACGCACGUAAGUUGGCAGUGCUUGGGGGGUUGUGGACCUUCUACCUGAUCGGAGGUCUCAUUGGCAUCUACGUGGAGAAUAUCAUCCCAGGCCCCAAGGCGCUGUUGCUGCCGGCGUCUGUGACUGGUAGCGCCGGCCUGUUCUACCUGGCCUGCCGUCAACUUCUGAAGGACUACAUCAAGAAGAUGGAGAAGGAUCGCUUCGCAGCAGAUCUCAAGGAGGCCCAGGAUGCCCUUGCAAACAUGAACGGCCGUCUCCACGACCUUGAAGCCGGCGGUGAUGACAAACUGGUUGGCGACUUGGACACAGAGAUGGGCCACAUGAUCGAGGCCCUCCACGAAGUGGAGGUCGACUUGGAGAAUGUCUUUGAGCGGCAGGUGAGCAAGGGCAGCAGGGCCAAUGGCGCUGCAAGCGCAGGGCCGGCGGUAAGUGGCGGCGCAUGA